AGUCGUAGUGGUAGUGUGAUUGUUCACGGGGAUUGUGUUACAAACUGUUGGUUUCGCUAUACUGAAUAUUUAAACACUUAAUCGCAAAGUGGAAGUCUUUUUAAUCCGAAAAACUUUUUUCAGUGGUGAAUCUGUGCAGUGUGCGUGAACUGACCUGGCCUGAAAUUCGGAGCUAAUUGUCCGAAAUGUAGGCUGAUUUUUAAGCUGCCAAUCGUUUUACUUGUCUUAGCCCUGGCAGCAGCGCUAGAGACUCACCUCUCCAGGUGAAGGAAAUUUGCUUUGAUACAUGUCACAUUUGGCUACUUCAGUAGACUUCUGACCCAAUGAACUCAAGGGAAAUCUUUUCAGCAACACGACUACACCAACAAUGAAAGGUGGACUUCGGAAAACAAGAAAAACGGAACCUGAGAAGACAUCAGCAAAGAAAGUCAACUCAGACAAUGUUUCAUCUCCAGUCACAGAGGAAUCAAAUGCUGUGCCAGGCAGUGAUUUUGGACUUCGGAAAACAAGAAAAAGGGAACCUAAGAAGACAUCAGCAAAGAAAGUUACCUCAGACACUGUUUCAUCUCCAGUCACAGAGGAAUCAAAUGCUGUGCCAGGCAGUGAUUUUGCCAUAGACAGCCAGUCCUCAGCAUGUUUCUUACGAAGUACUCCAAAAAGAGGCAGGAGACAAACAGGACGGACACAAGAGGCCUGCCAGACCUCCACACCAGUGCACAGCUCCUCCACUGAUAACCUGUCCAGUAUAUCCUCAAAGUCCCCUCCUGGAGCAAAACAAGCAGAGCUGGAAUACACGGAAAUCAUCACUCAGUUAAAGACAUCAGAGGUAGAUUCGCCAUGCCUCAAAUCAAAAUCUCGAAGCAAAUGCAAGAGGGGUUAUUCUUGCCAGCCAAGACAAGUCAGAAAAAGGGUGACAAAGGAGCAAACACAGACCUGCAGUAAAACCAACCGUCCACAAGCCAAGUGCCAGCCCAGCAAGAAGCGGAAGAUUGAGACAAGGAAUUUACAGAAGGAUACCACCUCUCUGUUAUCCAAACAGAGACCUAGACCAAGAUUUGAACUGAAGAAGCUUGAUGUAGAAGAACAAGACGAGUCUUUGCUGUCUUCAGAUCUAUCAAUAGAGCUGAGUCCUGAUGAGGAGCAGCUGCCAUCUUUGUCUUUCCAGGAAGAUGAGGAAAGUGAUGAGGAGGAGCUACCAAGCUUCUUGGUGCAGAUGGACAAAAAGUCCCUUUCCAUUACAGAAGGGGCGUUUGUGUGGUGCAAAUUUAGAAAUUAUCCAUUUUGGCCUGCAUUGGUAAAAAGUGUGAACCGUAAGCAGAAAAAAUCCAGCAUCAUAUUCAUUGAUGACCCGAUGAUUCAGAAAAAGAAAGGGUUUUCUGUGGCUCUGAAAACCCUGAAGCCUUUUGACUGUGCAGAAGCUGAUCAGCUGGUGUGUAAAGCCAAAGAAAAGUAUGAUGCUGCAAUUGCGUGGUCCUUGGAUCUCAUAGCAGACUACAGAAUACGUAUUGCAUGUGGCUCAUUUUCUGGCUCCUUCAUUGAGUACUUUGCUCAUGGCAUGAGCCAUCCAGUGAGGCGGAUGUAUCCGCAGGCAGCCUCAGAGAGACUAACCAUCACCAGUGAUGCAAUGUUGGAGGAACUGGGUGACGAUCAUAAGGAGGACAGCUUUAUUGAACAGUCGGAAGAGGUCAGCAGGAGUUCAAAGAGGCUACUGCCAGACCGGACUCAUGCAGCCCACAACCGCGCUAAUGAAAAGCUCGUACAUUUCAUCGUCAAGCAGCGUAUGGUGGAAGGACGCCUCCUGGCUGUGAUCCGUGGGCAGGAGCAGUCCAGAUGGCUGCACUCCUUUCUGAGGGCCAAACGGAGGCAGGUGGUAAACAUAUACCUGGAAGAUGACCAGCAGUUAGACCAGGUCUACUGGUACCUAAAUGAGGUCUAUGCAUCAGCCAUGGCAACUGCUCCUUUCCUGGCUAAGGUGAAAUCCAUGGAACGUGUCCCCUUUGUCCUGGAUGUGCUUCUUCCUGAGGCCAUCAUCUAUGCCAUAGCUGGUGUGGACAAUGUCUCACUAAAAAAGGCAGAGGAAAAGUACCUAAAAGGACGAUGUAUAAGCAACAGAGAAAGACAGGAGUUUGACUUGAUGAUUGAGCGGGAAAUAAGAAAAAAAUCACAGCAUCAGAACACUGCACGUGCAUUAUUCUCUGACCCCAUCAGUUAGAGGACUGAGUGUUAUAAAAAUGGAUUUUGUUACUGUUCUUUUUUUCCCCAAAUUGUUUAUAGAUAAUGUAGCCAUCUCUGUGUGCCUUGCAAUCCAUGAUAAUUCACAGUGCACUGACUCAGUUCUCCUUUGCAUUUUGUAACACUGUACAUGUAAGUAUUGGGUUUAACAUUUAAAAAGCUGUUCAAAAUGUGAAUCAAGAAAAUAUGGUUUCAAAAUGUCAAUAGUAAUCAUGCUUUAGCUUUAAUAAUAAGACUCUCGCACAAUAAAGGAUGGACAAGUGCCAAAUAAAAAAAGGCGUUUAAAUACAAGCUGUCAUCAUCACAACAUAAGGUGAUACAUGAGCUAAGCAGCACAGUUACCAGGGGGUCUCAGGACAAAAGUGAGCCAAUGAAAGCAUUCCUGUCAACUUAUAGAUUUACUUAAAAAUCAUGCUUUACAUUUUCAGAUAUGUAUAUGUAUAUGUAUAUGCUUAAUCAGUGUAUUGAACUUUUUCCAUGUGUGUAAUGUAAUUGCAUGAAAAUCAGCUGUAGCUGACUCCUGAAAGUACUUAUUGUUAUUGAAAAGAAAUUGGUUAUUUUUCAUGAAACAAAAACU